AUGGCACAUCUUUUCGUUUCGUCUGAGUCCGAUUGUAAUAAUGAUAUCGAACGUAAUGAAUUAAGUGAGUUGAAAAUUUUGGAUAGCGGAGGAUUCGGGACUGUUUAUAGAGGAAUAUGGAAUAAAGGAGAAAUGAAUGAACAAGAAAUAGCUGCAAAAUAUAUUAUUCGUAAAAAUACUCCGGAAUCGGAUAGAGAUUUUGGUCGUGAGACAAAUGAUGGUCACAUAUCUGAAAUUCGGGGUGUUCAGGCUUAUGUUGAUCCAAAAUUGCUAGACAAAAAAUCAAAAUCAGAUCAUACGCCUGCAGAUACGAAUGCGGUCGAUAUUAAAUCCAAACUUGUGAAAGAAUCCGAUGUCGAUGUUAACUUAAAUUCAGAUUAUACGCAUUCCAUAGAAUCUCAUAUUGAUACUAAAUCCAGGUCAAAUUAUACGCAUACGAAAGAAUCAGAUAUUUAUAGUUACGGUGUGCUCAUGUGGGAGAUAUACACUUGUCGUCCACCAUUUCAAGAUAGAGGCGGUAAUACUUUAACUUUGGCUAUUUGCUUGGGCGAGAGAGAAAGACACGAAAUUGGAAUGCCUUUGGAUUAUAUAAAAAUUUAUGAAAAGUGUUGGGAUCAAGAUCCUUCAUUUAGACCUGGGAUUUCUAAGAUAUUGGACGAUCUUAAAAUUAUUAAACCAAGCCCGACUUAUCAGGAAUAUAAUGAUGCCUUAUUUAUAGAACCAUUAAGCUAUGUCGAACAAUUUGACUCAACGAUUGUAGAAGAGCUUACACAAAAUUACGAUGAAGUAGAUUGUGAUAAUCUCCAAAUACCAGUAAGCUUGGAAAUAUCUGUCAAUUUCGACACGUUUGCAUCUCCUAUCAAAGAAGCUCACAAUCUUUUUGAAGAAAUUAAGAAAUCUUAUGAUAAUGCACAGCUUAACAUAAGAAUCUGUGGAGUAUUAAUUAAAUGCAUCAACUCAGCUGAAUGUGAUGUGAACAAUCUCCAAAUUGAUAAGAGAAACCAUACUUCUUUCGCAACGUUGGAGAAUUAUAGGCUGUUUCAAUUAUUUCUCCAAAAUAUUAGAAAAAUUAGAGAUUUUAUUAAAAAUGUCUCUAAUAUUAAAGGAUUAAAAAAUUAUAUUCAAAAGACUAAUUAUGGAUUUUCGUUAGGACUACUGAAAGAUGAAUUUUACCAAUUAUUAGAUGAACUUAAAAAAUCAAUAUCAUCUCUCAAGUUUAAAAUUGAUAUUGAAGAACAAAUUAACGAUAUAUUCAAUUAUGAUAUCGAAGAAACAACAAAGUUUAUUCAUGCUUUUCGAUACAAUUUUGAUAACAAUCUUUAUACUAUGUUUAAAGCUAUUGAAGAGACAAGUGCACGACUUAUUGCUAAGCAGAAAUUUUCUGAUGCAGAACUUCUUGAUUGUUUAAUUCAAGAGGUCGACAGUUUUGACACUAUGAACCUAAAACGUUACAGCUCGAAUCAAAAAGACACAUUGUGUAUUCAUGCAGCGCUUUUUAAAAAUUUAGAAAAUUCAGUAAACAUAAUUAAGUUUUAUGGAAUUUUACAUGAUCCUUUAUCUGGAUCAAUGUGUUUAAUUACAAACUUUUAUCAUAGCCGAUUAAAUUCGGUUGAUUCCGAAAAUCUUCAAAUUGGCCGAGAUAGGAUAAAGACCAUAGCGCCAGAAAUAUUAAGUCGACAACAUCAUUCGGUUUGCAAGUAUGAUUUUAGGAGUGAAAUUUAUAGUUUUGGAAUUAUUCUCUGGGAAAUUUUAGAUAGAAAAAAUCCAUAUGAUGUUUACGGUGACGAUAUUUAUGCAAUAAAGGAUGCAAUCCUUAAUAAUAAGCGAAUAUCAUGGAAUUUUAAUAAUUGCAUGCCAUCAAAAUACAUAGACAUGAUGAAGCAAGAUAAUCGUCCCACUAUCUGCGAAAUGUUUAAAGUUUUGUAUGAUAUAGUAAAUAAUCCAGAGAACAGUCAAUCAUGCGUAAACUCAUCCAAAAGUGACUUUUCUCAAUGUAACUUUUCAUCUAUAGAAGAUGCAGUAAAGGAGGCAAGGAAAAAAGGUGGAAAUCAGCAGAAAGCGCUAGAAUACAUUAAAAUGCUUUCCGAAAUCGGUGACACUAAAGCAAGUUAUUAUAGAGGUUAUUUUUUACAACAAAAUCUUAAUAAUGGACCUAAGUUAUCUAAAUAUGAAUACAAAAAAUGUCAGAAAGAAAUUGCCCGUACUAUAUAUCGUGAUGGUUUGGCGGGGAUGGAAUACAUAGAAGAAGGAACGCAUUAUUUAAAGCUUGCUGCUUGGGGAAAUUAUGAAAAGGCUAUUGAUGCCUUUGCAAGAAAAACUGUUGAGAAGGCGAUAAGUAUUUUAACAUUAAUCAUGGCAAAAACGAGAUGUCUAGCCAUGUGA